GUCAAAACAUUGACCAGAAUUUCAACUUACCUCUAAUACGCAAUGGCGUUCGGAUUCGCGCCUGCAAUGCGCGGGACUGGACUGGCGCUGGUCGCUGCUGUCGUUGUUUUCUCUGCCCUUGCGGCCGCCAAUGCUGUUCCUGUUGGGGAGCUGUCAGUGGGUGAGAUUGAGGAGGAAUUGCAGAAAUGCCCUCUGGUGGAAACCCUCAAUGAGCACAAACGCGCUACCAUCCCCGAAACCACCAGUUUAACCUCCAAGAUCUUCUCGGUUCUCUUCCCCGGAAGCCCUGCCGUCAAUGCUCUCCUGGCGACAUUGUAUAUCUCCGGACCUCCAAACUUCCUCCUGGCCCUAUGCCCACCCAACAUCGACCCCUCCUCUCUCUCCGUCAUGGUCGCGUUCGCUGUAGGAGGUCUCCUGGGUGACACACUCUUUCACCUCCUCCCCGAGAUCUUCCUGGGAGAGGACUCCCCGGAGCAUGUGCGAUUCGUCAUGGUCGAGCCGAACCGGAACCUCCUCCUUGGUGUGGGUAUUAUGGUUGGUUUCUUUACGUUCGUGGCUAUGGACAAGACACUACGCAUUGCGACUGGUGGGGAAGGCCACGACCAUUCGCACGGCCAUAGCCAUGCGGACGAUAGUCAGUCCCAAGCCGUGACAGCAACCGGUGCCCAGCAUACUAGCGACAACGAGCUUAAGCAGCGCAAACCCACUACCACCCAACAGCACGACCCCUCGACUUCCACCAAGGACGAGAAGGAGAUAAAUCCCAGCGUUAAGCUUGGUGGCUACCUUAACCUCAUCGCGGACUUUACUCACAAUAUCACCGACGGCCUCGCCAUGUCUUCCUCCUUCUACGCCUCCCCCACCAUCGGCGCAACAACCACCGUCGCCGUCUUCUUCCACGAAAUCCCGCACGAAGUUGGUGACUUUGCGCUCCUCGUGCAAUCCGGUUUCUCCAAGCGAAAGGCUAUGGGUGCGCAAUUCGUUACCGCUGUCGGAGCGUUCCUGGGUACACUUAUCGGAAUUGCAGUGCAGGAACUCAGUGGCCAUGGUACUGAUGCUACCCCUGCGGGUUCUGAUGCUGCUGGUGCUGCGGCUGGGUUAUUUGGAACCAGUUUGACAUGGGGAGAUAUGUUGCUGCCGUUUACGGCGGGGACGUUCUUGUAUGUUGGGACUGUGUCUGUUAUUCCGGAGUUGUUGGAGACGGGUAAGAACAAGAGUGUUGAGAUUCGGAAGACGAUUGUGCAGUUUCUGGCUGUUGCUGUUGGAGCCGGAAUUAUGCUUGCGAUCUCUUGGGAUUAAUUGCGUCGCUACAUGCAUACAAUGCAAAAACUGUUGAGACUUGAUUGACGAUCUGAAGGAUGAUACUGGGUCCAGAUUUAAUGAUAAAUACUCAUGUCUCAUUUGCAUUUCCCUCAUCAAUCAGUCUAAUAAUAAAACAUGAUACAUGGCACCAAAUUAAUCAACGCCGAAACCCCAGGGUUCUGUUCAACCAAAG